GAAUGCACAGACGGUUCAGUGGUAAUUUGAUGUGUGUCCCUGGGGACAUUUGAUGGAUUAAAGCUAAGCAGCUCCAUUUCGCAGCACCACCUGAUCUUCCACUGCCUGUGCCCCAUAUAAAAGCUGGAGAGAUCGCUGAUCUCAGCUAGUCCGACAGUCUCUCUCUCCCUUCCCUCCUCCACGCUCUCUCUCUCUCUCGCUCUCUUCUCUCUGGUCCUUUAAGCCUGCUGCAUCACAGGAGCUAUCCAGUGCUGAACCAGAAGAUUUUUUAUCUUUUUGAAAGCUGGGGGAGCCAUAGAGUAACACACAGCGUUGCCGUCAGCCUUGUUCUCCACUGGUUUCCAUUUUCUUUCCUUCUCUUAUGUUUUUUAGAGGUUGUCUUUUCGUUUAACACAAGGAUUACUACUACCGUCAGCAGGCUCCAGCUCUGCCUGUUUGCUGCUUUCUUUGGGGGUCUUCUCUUUUCUUCUCAUGCGUGAUUCUCGGGUCUGUGUGUUUUUUAUUCUUUGAAACAUGCCCCGUUCGUUUUUGGUGAAGAAAAUCAAGCUUGAUGAUUUCUCUUCAUCCAAUGCUGCCUCUAAUCACCAUCACCACCUGGACGACUCGUUCACUCCUUUCUCACGCUCCAUCACUGACUCUGUGACCAACUUGGGGGUUCGCCUCAGUGAGAAUGGCUACAUCCAGGAUUACAUCACGCCAUCGGUAUACCAGGGGGAGAAGAAGAUGGAGCUCAAGCUGGCCUCGCCCGUCUCUGACCCCCUUUACACCCAGGUGAGCAGCGGGGGCGAGGAGUACUGUGACCCUGACCUGGAGCACCCUGACAGCCCCCAGUCCGGCAUGACAGCCAGCGGCUUCUACAACGGCGAGGCGGAGGCCCCGACCGAGGGUUACACCAUGGAUGCCUUCUUCAUCUCCGACGGGCGCUCGCGGCGGAAGGGAGAAGGUGACGGCCGUAAGGGAGGUAGUUCUGCCACGUCCAAUGCCGAUGCCACGGAGGAGAGGGAGGCCGGGGCCGCCGGCACGGCCCGCCACUCCUGCAAUGAGUGUGGCAAGACGUAUGCCACUUCAUCCAACCUCAGCAGGCACAAGCAGACGCACCGUAGCCUGGAUAGCAAGAUGGCGCGCAAGUGUCCCACCUGCGACAAAGUGUAUGUGUCCAUGCCGGCGCUGGCCAUGCACAUCCUCACCCAUGACCUCAAGCACAAGUGCGAUGUGUGCAGCAAGGCCUUCAGCCGGCCCUGGCUCCUGCAGGGCCACAUGCGCUCACACACCGGGGAGAAACCGUUCGCCUGCGCCCACUGCGGCAAAGCCUUUGCUGACCGCUCAAACCUCCGCGCCCACAUGCAAACCCACUCUGCCUUCAAGCACUACCGCUGCAAGCGCUGCAAUAAGACCUUCGCCCUGAAAUCCUACCUGAACAAGCACUAUGAGUCAGCCUGCUUCAAGGGAUCUGGGGAUGAAGAUGAGGACGAGUCCUGCUCUGAGAACUAGCUGGCGGAACCAGAAGGACGGAAGCAGAUUUUGGAACCCUAGGUUCUACAACCAAUAACCCCCUUCACUCUGCCCUACAUCCCUUUUUUCUUCCCUUUUAUAGAAAGCAAUAUUUUCACUGAGAUUACGUGAAGAGACUGUUCUGAUUAUGGCAAAGACAAUUUCAAAAUAUGCUGGAUCCCCCCCCCCCCCCCCCCCCCCGCCCUGCUCAGUAGCUAAUCGUCCACAGAUACAUACAAUCAAAACACCCAUCCCCCAAAUAAAGACUUAUUUUUAGCUCACACACACAAACACAAGCAUACGCACACUCAAACACACACCCACAUUCGCACACACACACAAUUAUAUAUGAGGCCUGGCAUGUGAAUUUUUAUCAAUGACUAUAAUGAUAUUGAUAUCAAUAGUAAUAAUAUUUAGAUUCCUGAUAUUUUAUAGAAAAUACUACAGGAAAAAAAAUGAACAACAUAAAAAAAGGACAGUAACAGUGUUCUUUUGUUUUUUAGAGACAAAAAUGACCUCUUGUAUUUUUAUGCUGCUUUUUAUUUGCUAAGAAUUGAAUUCUUUUGCAACUGCCAACAUGAACUUUUUAUGAAAAUGUGAAUUAUGACAGUAUUUUCAAAAAAUGGGAGAUCAAAGUUAAAAACAUACCCUUUUUGUCACACAUAUGUUUUUAAUUCAAUAGGUGUUAUUUUUCUAUUGUCCGACUGAAUUUGUUGUUUAUUUUUUGUGCCAAUUCUUCCUUGAUUUUUUAAAAGCAAAGCAUCUUUGUAACUGUGGGUAUUCCAAAAGCUUCCAGCUUCCCAAUUAGGAUCAUGAACCAGGGGUCAUUGUCAGUUCCAUCAGAGCAGUUGUUCUGAGUUGUUAUGGGAAACCUGUUGAACAGGUUGUGUUAUCACAAGAUUCCGGCGGCAAUCAAAGUAUACGCUCUUCAUCAUACUGGUAACUAGAACAAAAAUCACACUGGGAGCCAAACCAAAUCUACCGAUCUGUUGUGAUAAGUGCCAUGUGCAUUGUGCAGUGACCUGUCUAUAGCAAUGAAAACCAUCCCUGUUCUUCCUCCACCGCAGUGGCUUGCAUGAACUUUGCCACUCUGUGGUGUUUCCCUCAGUCUUACGUAAUAAGCAAUGUUCAUUAUACACUCUCUGACGUGCCCCCCUCUUUUUCUAUUACCUCAAUAAGGAAAAGGUAUGAUCUCAUGACAUGCACCCUCAGUUACAAAGGAUUCGUUUUUGUAUUUAUAUGUUGCUGAAAGCUCUUUCUACCAUUAGAUGUAAAUCGUCCUACUACCUUGUACAUAAUGUAUUUCUCUAUUUAUGUAACUAUUUAUUUAUCUGUCAGUGUAUCUAUGUAUUUUAUUUAUUCAUUUACAUGAUUGUUAAUUUAUUCAUCUAUUUAUUUAUGCCAUUACAAUAUUUUGUCUAUUCACGUGUUGAAACCUGACUUUCCAUUGACCUUGUAAAGAUGCUGCUGAUCUUUAAAGAAAAUGUUUAUAUGCAUGAAACUGUAGAGAGUCCAUUGGACUUUGUUUUUUAAAGAGGAACAAUGUCUCGUAUCAGCGGUAACUUCAGACACAUGAUGAAUGCAGAUUAGAUUUGUUUCACGGCAAUAAUAACUUCACUGGUACGGCAAUUGACAUGUAUAUUAAUAAUAAUCGAAGCUGUCCUGUUUGCAGUCAAUUUAGGGCAAUAAAAUGAAACAGAUGAACAAGAAGUGUUAAGAUAUCCUGCAUCUUGUUGUUGAAAUAGAAAUAGCGUCCACUCAACUGCCUCCCUCCGUGUAUUGGCCGAAGAUUGACCCUUAAUCAUGUCACACAAAACUGUAGCAAACAUGACUAUUGUGUUUUAUUAAGACAUCCCGUGAAAUGUAACAUUUUCCACAUAUGUAACAUCAAAGACUUCCUUAUUCAACCCUCUGAAUAGGAUAGGGGGAAUCAGGUUAUUCUGAGACACAUUCUAUACUACCAGCUGGCUUGUCUUCCACCACUCACAGAGCUGUAUUCCAGAAUCCUGACAGGUUGAGUUAGUUGGAAGGAGGACUGAGGAGCCCCAAUUAUCAUGCCAGAGGAGAUAAUGGCAAUGGGAAGGCUUUUUUUCCCAGGUGGAUUAGCCAGGCGAUAAUAAUAGCAAUGCAGUAAUUAUAAAACAGUGUCGACCCCAAUUGCUCUCAAGAUUACCAUGCCAGAGCAUUGCUGCACGCCACUAAUGCCCUGAAAAAGGGAAAAGUCAGUAAUCGAGAGAUAGGCUGUAAAACAGUUGUUUCACUCCUUAUUAUGAAGACUGGGUAGGUUUCUGUAGCCUGGUCUAGCAGUGCAAUGUGAAUAUGCCUUGAAAAUACCUUAGAAGUUUAAUAGACAUUUAAAUUACAACACAAGAAAAUAAAAACAGCACUUCCCAAAAUUGUCACUUGGUUGGAAGGCUGAAAAUAAUGGUGUCAGGCAUCAGGGUGAUACAGAGUUUAGCACAUUUGUUAUGAUAGGCAUUUUUCACAAUCACGGGGGCUUCUAAAAUUAAGCUGUUUGGCAGAUCACUCUAUAUUGAAUCCAUAUGUUUCUUUUGGGGAUUAGCAGUGACUAGAAGCCAGAUAAUUAUAUAAAUGUAAAAUGUAUCAUUAUGAUUAAUGUAACAACAAAAUGGAUGUUCAUCCAUCAAUUGACAAUGAAGGUUUUAUACAAAUUCCUUUCUUCAUGUCUGUUCAUGUCUGAUAGCCACCUAAAUCUCUUAAUGACAAAGACUCAGUUAUUGUAAUAAGAUAAUAAUACACUCCAUCCCCUCCCACCUCACAUCAUAACCCCUCUCCCCCUCUAACUGGUUUUCAUGAGACGUGUGGUUUAGUGGUGUGUAAGAUGUGCUAGUCUGGGAUUGGUAGAGGACCGUGUCGUGUGGGAGGAUAACAGGUGUUUGCAGACAGACUGCAGAUAGGGAGAGUAAUUGAGUUGGUGAGCGACCUCCAAGGGGAAGGUCGAGCACCAGCAGGCAAAUGCACUGUCAGCUAUUUGCAUAUUCUAAAUGGAUGACACAGUCACAGUAAUGGUGAGUUCUCCUUUAAAAACCUGCAGGGAAUAAACUGAGUCUCUCUCCUAUCGUUUCAUCUUUCCCUCUAUUUCACCACUACCACUCAACUCAUAUAAUGACCCUGACCUCUAUAUUAACCUUUGAUUUUCAUCCUAAAGAUGUAGUUUUGUCUCAUGAUAGGCUUGGUGACCAUACUGUACGUGUUGUGGAAAAACCACCUGUUUCCACAGCAACUUGUGGAAUAUGUGUUUACAGGUACUUCAUUUGUAGAGUAUUUUGAGUUAAAAAGGAAAUUGUUGUUUUUCUGGUUACUGAAGCUCAAAAUUCUUUUUAAGCUCAUUCUCCUACUUGAUGGGGGGAUCCAUGUUUGUUCUGAGCAAUAUCACAACCAAAGUGCACUGUAUUUCCAAUACAGAUCUUGUUUUGGUUGUAAAAUCUAAUUUAUAUUGUUCCAAAAAUGAAUAGAAGCCCUAAAUGCAGAAAAUUGAGUGAUCAUUUGUUUUGAAACAUUUUUUUCAGAGUUUGAGAAAGGAAAACAUUGUUCCUCUUUGACGAUUUUGUAAAUAUAUUUGUAUAUAUAUAUAUAUAUAUAUAUACAGUACCAGACAUACCUACUGAUUCAAGGGUUUUCUUGAUUUUACUAUUUUCUACAUUGUAUAAUAAUGACGAAGACAUC